CCCAGCGUCUGAGAUCAGGGCAGUGUUGACAGAGGGGCAGAAUGAGACAGUUCACGGAUCAUGCAAGCGCGGAGCUUUUUACACAAAAAUACGUUUUGGCUGCUUGCUUCUGAAUAAAAGAAAGAUGUGGAGCAGGCUACCACUCUCAAUAUUAGCUGUUUUCUUACUUGAGGUAUGUCAUUGCGAGGAUGCUUCGUUCACAGAGGAGCCCCCAGCAGAGGAGCAGCAGAUGGAAACCAACUUCACAGACAUCUCUGCUGUCCUGGGGAAAACUCGGCACCAGAUCCUGGCCGCUCAGUUUGAGUGCUACCUGAAAAUUAUCCACGAUCCCCCAUACACUGAACAAGGUCCACACUGUAACCGGACCUGGGACGGAUGGCUCUGCUGGGGGGACACUCCUCCUGGGACGGUCAUGCAGAUGUGCCCUGAGUACUUCCAUGACUUUGACCCUGGAGAGAAGGUUACCAAGGUAUGUAACCCUGACGGCCAGUGGUUCCAUCAUCCAGAGAGCAACCGGGUCUGGACGAACUACACCCAGUGUCAGAUAUACACCAAAGACAAGCUCAAGUUUGCCAUCAGCCUUUACUACUUGGCCAUGGUUGGCCAUGGUCUCUCCAUAGUCUCUCUUAUUAUAUGCCUCAUUAUCUUCUCCUACUUCAAAAGUUUGAGCUGCCAGAGGAUUUCUCUUCAUAAAAACAUGUUUAUGUCGUUCAUCCUCAACUCCAUAGUGACCAUCAUGUGGCUGUCAUUGACAGUGGCCAAUAACCAGGCAAUAACUGCAAGCAACCCCGUGAGCUGUAAGAUCCUGGCUGUGCUGACCCAGUACACUUCAACUUCUACCUAUUUCUGGAUGCUGUGUGAGGGCAUCUACCUGCACACCCUCAUCAUUGUGGCUGUGUUUGUGGGAGAACAGCAGCUCUUCUGGUACUACGUCCUGGGAUGGGGCUUUCCAGCCGUUCCAGCCAUUAUUUACGCCGUGGCACGUGGACUGCUCUAUAAUGACAAAUGUUGGAUCAGCUCUCACACACAACUGCUCUACAUCAUUCAUGGACCUAUUCAGGCUGCUCUGCUUGUGAACUUUUUCUUCCUGCUGAACAUUGUGCGGGUUCUGAUCACUAAACUAAAGGAGACACACUGUGCAGAGUCCACUGCGUACAUGAAAGCCGUCAGAGCUACCCUUAUCCUGAUCCCUCUGCUGGGAGUGCAGUUCAUCCUGUUCCCAUGGAGACCCGAGGGACGCAUCAGCCGUGCCAUCUAUGACUUUUUUGUUAAUAUUUUUUGUCAUUUCCAGGGAUUGCUGGUUGCUGUUAUCUUUUGCUUCUGCAAUGGAGAGGCCCAGACAGCUGUGCGGAGGAAGUGGGCCCAGUGGAAGAGUGCGUGGGGUAAAACAGGCUGGGGAGUCGCACCCAUCACCAACCACUCCCAUUUUAACUACCACACCAACUCCUCCAUUACAGAGACCAGCCGGGCCACGAUCAGCCUGGAGCACCCCCCUGCUGAUCACCACGACCACGGCCCCCCUAUGUCAUUAGUGCACCGCAAAUCCACCAGUGAGCACGAGCACAAGAGCAAACCUGCCUACAGCAACGGGGACGUGGACAACCUCAACGGGCUGCAGACUACUGAUAUAUGACUAUAACAAGAUCCUUAAUAAUAAGAAUUAAGUUACUUUUGAUAGCCUAGCCUAAAUCAGUAUUUCUCUUAAAAACAUGUGACCAGUUACGUGUGAGUUACAAGUUUUUCUACAUGCAAAUGCACAUAAAUAAAGCAGGAAUUUAUGAUGACAAAAAUGCAUGUAUCACCAAAUUUUUUCUGCCAUAUUAAUGGGUAGACAUAUUGCUGUUUGCUUGUGUUGUGCUAGAACUGAAUCACUGAAUCAACUGAAUUUUUUUAAUAUUCUUAAUGUUUUUUGUUUUGCAAACAAAUGUAUAACCUAAUUGUUGUUGUGGUGUUUUUUUCUGCUUCACUGUGAUUUCUGAAUGUCAUAACCACUGUUACUGUAUUUCUUCAAGUGCCAAAUAGUGUCUGCUAAUUUGUUUUUUCUUUGUUGCUUUUUGUAUACAAGUACUGUUUUAUGUGUGUAAAAAAACGAACAGACACCUACAUAUAAAAUGGGUCUAGCUGUCCUGACCAAAUCAUCACUUUUUAUUUCACUCAGUGUUACAGCAUAAUACCAACUG